AUGAAUUCAAAACAUCUUAAUGAAACGUUAGAAUCUUCAAUGACUGAUACUAUUUCAUCGGACUCUUCUCAUGACCGACAAUAUGUGAUCGUCGACUGGUAUUUACAACAACAUGGUAGUUUUAGUAGUCUUGGUCGCUGGCGAGACGUUUCACUAAUACAGUUGUCGUCUACUCAACAAUUAACAGAUUAUUUAUUGGAUUACAUUGAACAGAACUAUAAACAUGUGAAUAUUAGAGAUAAACAAUACAAUGUUCUUGAUCUAUGUCGAGUAGCCAUUGACGAAUCAGAUAGAUUGUUAGCUGCCAAUAGCAAUGAGAUUUCUCGUGUAACCAGUCGUCAUAUUUGGCCACCGCAUCACAAAUUAUUGAUGGGAUAUUUAGUAGAUGCACACAUUGUUGCUACAUAUCAUGAUCAAUAUGUGACGAAUCCACAAAAACAACAUGAGGAACAAGAAAAUGAUAAUACUACUUAUUGUCUGAUUACUCAACUUGGAAAUCAUCCUACACAUGUGAAAUUUUUACGUGGUGCCAAGUCUUUACGAGAAGAACUUUUUCAAAGAUUUAAAUGUCCGUUUCAAACGACUUCUAAACCCACACAAUAUCAAAACGAGUUAUUUCUACAUAAAACUCAAACAUUAUCAAUACAAGAACUUUGUAAUUAUGUGACAGGUCAAAGUUGGCAUGAGCUUGAUACCACAUUUUUACAUGGUGUUAUCGUUGAUUUUAUUAUUGCUGGCGAACCAUUGUUGUUUAAAGAACAGAUCAUGUAA